AUGCUCGCAGCUUCCGUUCGCCGAAGCUCAUAUGCUCUGCGAACCUCAUCUCGACUAAGCUACCUUGAGAUUUGGAAUUUCGCUCAGCAAAGAGGUCUUGGUCGGGCACAGUCAGUUUUACCACUGGUCGGACGGAGGAAUAAUCAUCAUGAGUCCUUGAAACCGUUACAGCAGACUAAGGAUAUCGAGAGCAUUACCACCCCACUUGAGCGCUAUAAGAACGCAGUUGAGUUUCCGAAUGCAACACAUACUUUUCCAUCCUUAUUGAAAAAUGCCAGCCCGGGGGACACCGUUGUCCUUCAUGGAUAUUUGGGAAACCGAGCAGACAUAUCGAAGAAGCUAUCGUUUGUAAGAUUGACGGAUCCGACAAUGAGACAAAAUAUACAAAUCAUCUCCUCUGCGAAAAAUGAAGUUCAUCAACAACUAAAGUCUCUUCCCAGCAAUAGCCCUGUUGCGAUCCAGGGGACAGUCCAGGCGAAGAAAGGAAGUGGUGAGGGUGAACGCGAAGCUCCAGAUGUUGAGAAGAUUGAUAGUCUUGAAAUCAGCCUAACGAAUAUUUGGCUUCUAAACGAGUUCUCCAAGGACAUAAUCAUGACAUCCGAGACUGUCUUUCCUGCGGAACAAAGGCACUUGCAGCUACGAUCAGAUCGUGGCCUUCGCGAAGCCCUCAGAUUUCGCUCGGAAGCACGCAAGGUGUGCAGAGAAGAGCUUGAAAAUAUGUCUCCGCCAUUUAUAGAGAUAGAGACACCAUUGUUGUUCAAGUCUACACCUGAAGGGGCACGAGAAUUUAUAGUUCCCACCCGCCGCAAAGGCCUGGCGUACGCUUUGCCUCAAAGUCCUCAGCAAUAUAAGCAGAUUCUCAUGGCAAGCGGUAUACCUCGAUAUUAUCAGUUCGCGCGCUGUUUUAGGGAUGAGGAUCUCAGGGCUGACCGACAGCCAGAGUUCACGCAGCUUGAUUUGGAGAUGUCAUUUGCUACCGGCGAAGAUGUCAUGAAGUCCAUUGAAAAAGUGGUCCGGAAACUUUGGUCAAGUCUACUCAAUAUUGAUCUCGGCACACAACCGUUUACAAGAAUGCCCUACCAGGAAGCAAUGGGUCGGUUCGGCUCCGAUAAACCUGACACCCGUCUUGGAAUGGAGAUUGUCCGACUUGAUUAUAUGCUACCAGUGGAUCUCGUGCAAAAGAUCACGCCUCUCACAGAUCCUAUUGUCGAAGGUUUCAAGCUAGAGAGUGAAGACAAUGAUCCAUCGAAAACAUUAGAGCUCGUCACCCGCUUCCUUGACUCGCCAGCUGGCGUUGAGUUCAAUAAGAAUCCAGAUGGUGGUCCUGGAAUAUUUGUAUACGAUGCCAAGAAACCCCUUCGUGGUCUCAUGCCGUUUGGCUUUGAGGCUGCAGAGCGAGUGGAAGAGCUCUUAGAACCUGACCACGGUGACCUCAUCGUUUUGCAGGCGCGCAAAAACGCUCCUUUCUCAGGGGGAUCAACGCCUUUAGGAGACCUUCGGAAAGCUCUCCAUUCGGAGGCUGUCAAGGCAGGUGUCAAGGAGGCACCGAAAGGCUUCAACUUCCUAUGGGUUGUGGAUUUUCCACUCUUCUCACCAAUUGAUGAGAACGAACCGGGUCAAGGUGGCACAGCGGGUCUCGCAUCUACACAUCACCCUUUCACUGCACCGAAAUCAGCAGCUGAUGUUGAUCUAAUGGUGGCCGACCCUGCUGCAGUCGUUGCCGAUCAUUACGACCUAAUAGUCAAUGGUGUUGAACUGGGAGGUGGCAGCCGACGUAUUCAUGAUGCUCGUGUACAGGAGAUUGUGUUCAGGGAUAUUCUCAAGAUGCCAGCCUCGCGCCUAACCGAGUUCUCGCAUCUACUAGAAGCACUCAAAGCCGGAUGUCCACCCCAUGCAGGCAUUGCACUUGGAUUUGAUAGGUUGAUUGCUAUCAUGCUAGGCAAGGAAUCUGUCCGUGAUGUUAUUGCAUUCCCAAAGUCGGGCAAGGGAGAGGAUGUUAUGGUGGGCUCCCCGAGUGAAUUGUCCGAAGAUGUUUUGGACACCUAUCAUCUCCGUCUAAGGCAAUGA